AUAAUGCUGUGACAGUAGAUUGAUAUGGAACUCGAUUCCGUAGGUGGUAAAAUACACGAGGAAAAUUAGAAAUUGGAGUUGUGGUCCGAUCAUGGUGACGAGACUUAUAACCUCAAGUCGAAGACCAUUUGCCCAUAAUAAGAACAAUAAAAUCAUAAUUGAUCUCAUGUUAUGUCAAUAAACAAUAGAAUAUUAGGAGAGAUUUGAUAUUCGUAAUUUAGGGAUUAGAUUGCAGUAUUUAACAAUGAGUAACGGCAAUGGAAAUCAGUUUAACCCUUGGCAGAAGUUGGAGACAAUAUCAACAUUUGAUAAUGGAAACGACUCGAGGACAACCCGGCGUCUGGACGAGGCCCACGAUGGACCAAGUGGUGGACAAAUUGUUGGAAGAGUUGCACCAUCGACGAGCCUCCUCAUAGAGUCCCUCCUCAAGAGUAUCUGUGCUAUGUUUGAGACAGAUCCCACCCGAAGAAAUAAAUUAUACUUCAUUCUGUGUGAUAAAUUACACGAGAUGAAGCUGAUUGACAGCUCCUACAACAUGAUGGAGUUCGAGAGCAUGAGGGGUCAAUACCAACAGGCCUGGUACAACCUGAUGACAGUGGCCAGGGCCGCUGCAGGAUCGGAAAGUAUUAUAGAAUUUCCAAAUCUAUCUCCUGACUGGUCUCGCUACGCAAUAGAGUUCGAGGAGCGUGAGUUCAUCGCCUCCGGAGGCUUCGGCAAUGUCUAUCGAGCAGUCCACCGUCUCGACGGCCACGAGUACGCCAUAAAGAAGAUUGUGGUGAAAUCAGGACGAGUGAAAAACAUUCUCCAGCAGCUGAAGGAGGUAAAAACCCUUGCCAAGCUCAACCACACCAACAUUGUCGCCUAUAAAGGCGCCUGGAUCGAGCACAACCUGCCUCACUCCCUUCUGCCCCUGCCCGCAACAAAAUCCAGAACGAGAACCAGGAGAUCGUCCUUGAGACGUUUGUCCCCCGAAACGAACUCGUAUGAAACACAGACUGCUAAUCAGUUUAAAACAAGUUUCUCGUCGGAUCGCGUAAGAAAUGAUUCACCCUCUCGUCUCGGUAUGUAUAUAACAAAUUCAAUUAGUCGUCAAAAUAAUCGUCGUGAAUGGGACAGCGACUUUUCGACGAGCCACGGUGACGUUGCUAAUCAUCGAUUUCAAGAAUUCAAUUCAACGAUCGAUAUUAUAGGCAGGAGAAUCGAUAAAAAUCUGGAUGGAGUGUCGGCAGAGAGAAAUUCUGAUGUUGUGUCUUUUAGAAAUGACGACGGGGAGAAUAUUGAUAACAGUAUCAGCUCUGACAGCAAUGAUGUCGAGGAGAUUGCGUCGCCUACACCUAGUGAUCUCAGUAACGGCAAAAUCUGUCAAUACUAUUCGCCGAGAGUUAGAUAUGCAACAAUUUACAUUCAAAUGGCUCUCUGCGAGAAAACCUUGCGAACGUGGUUGGACGAGCGACUGGAAUCUACACCAGAGCCAAUAGCAACAACAAUUCUAAAACAAAUACUGGAUGGCCUACAUUACAUGCAUUCUCGAGACAUUGUACAUCACGAUAUCAAGCCCAGCAAUAUUUUCAUCGGCGUCAUUGGUCAGCGAGUUGAAAUUCAAGUUGGGGACUUUGGAUUGGCGUGUCCUCGUAAAAGCGAGAGCCAUCAUCCCGUUUUCGGAACUGAACUGUAUACUGCACCAGAACAACUUAAUGGACAGUGCAAUCCCAAAAGUGAUCUCUACAGCCUAGGUAUAGUGCUUUUCGAAAUAUUCUUCCCUAUGAAGACGGGAAUGGAAAGGAAUUCCCUUAUUAAACAACUGAAAUCAGGAAAAAUGCCGGAGGAAUUCAUCGAAAACAAUCCUAAAUGGGCUGAUAUUAUUAAACAACUCCUGCUCAUCGAUCCCGCUCAACGUCCCUCCACCACCGAAUUAUUACAAAAUUUGAACGUUGAUAAGGACUUUAUCAUAGCUGAUUUGAAAAACAGGAUAAAAGAGAAAGAUGAUCUCAUUAAUAAUUUGAGGAUGAAGAUUUCGGAGCUGAAGCUGAAGCUCGAUGAGGCUGAAAGCACCAGUUAAAGUAUUCCGGAAGCCAAGAGACUACGGGUCAAUGGGACGUCCUUGGAUAAAGAGAAAUAAAUGUAAUGUAGUUAAGUUUUGAGAAGAAUAUGACUGUCGAUAAUGCUAGGAACAAUUUUUUAUACUUUUUAGAUAUUAAAACUAUUUUAUUAUUCAGAUUUUGGUAAUUUGCGAAGUAUGAUUAUCUUGUUUAGUAUUUUUAUAAACUAUGAAAGAAUAAAGCAAGUUAAUCGUUGAA